AUGCUCUCGGGCACCCUUCUUGACUACAUUGAAACGCUGGGUCAGAGACUUCGCGGAGGAAACCGCCCUUUUGGUGGACUGCAGUUGGUAUUCACCGGUGACUUCCAUCAGUUACCACCUGUAAACGACGAUUACCAAGAAGAACACCAUCACACCGCACCGUAUGCUUUCCAAGCACAAUGCUGGGACCUGUGUUUUGAACACCAGUAUGCUCUCACUCGCAUUUAUCGCCAACGCGAACAAGCCACACUCACCGUAGAGAUGUUCAUUGGGGCAAAUUGGAAUGCAAUCGAAAAAUUUACUGGAAGCGCAAUAACCUACAUUGCCAGGGAUCAGCCAACUCUUCAACGGUCCAUGACGAAACGUUUGCAAUGCUUGUUUGCCAUUUUGCCAGCGGAGAGCGUACUGAACUUGAAGGUUGGAGGGCCUGUGAUGCUCUUGAGGAACAUGCCUGAGCAUCUUACUCUGGUUAAACACCGUCGAGGUGAAGUUCGUGGCUUCACCACAAUUGAAGCGUGGCGCUCCCGUGGCAGCAUAGCGAACUUUUCCUCCACCGAACUACUUCCUCAGAAAGCCACCACCUUCCGAGACUUAUCCGAUUCGAAUGUCAAAUUCCCUGUGGUUGAGUUCGAGGCAAUCGGGUGCCAUGAAGCGAUGACAGUGCUCGUAACAUCGCAGGACUGGGGUGUUUCAACGAGGUCAUCUCGUGGAAGCUACAGGCCCGUAGUCGGAUAUCGACAGCAGCUUCCCCUGCAACUCGGCUUUGCAUAUACGGUACGCAGUAUUCAAGGGAAUUCGUUGAAACGGGCUAAGAUCAAUAUACAAUGGGCUUGGGAAGCAGGUCACGCCUAUACCGCGUUCUCAUGCGUCACAUCAAUCGCCCGUUUGGAGGUCGUUCCUUUCGUCUGGUCGAAGAUCAUUACCGAUGACGCUAUCGCGCAAUGGUCAAGGAUGCUAAAGGUAUGGCAAGGGAUUGACAACGGGACACGAGACGAGGACGAUGCGAUGCAGGAAUGA